AUGGGGCCCAUGGGCUUUCUCGAGCUCGCUCUGCACUCCGGCCCGGGCGACAAUGGCGACCGCCUCCGUCUCCGUCUCCGUCUCCUCCCGUUCCGCCUCUUCCUCCCUCCGCGGCUGUUCCGCGGAAGGGCGGUGAGGUGGCCGCGGCCGAUUAGGGCUUCGGCGUCGAGCAACGCCAGUGACGUCGCAGGCGGGGAGCGGAAGCUGGGGGCUCUGCAGAGCAGGAUCCAGAAAAGCAUUAGCCCAAAUUUUGUUGCUGGUUUCUGUGUUGGCAUUGCAUUUUUGGCUGCUGCUGCAAGGCAGGUUAUCAUUAGAAGUCGAGAGCAUGAUAAUAGAGGUUCUGUUGCUGAUCUAGUAAGGCGUGGACAGUUAAAAUCAGGGCAACGAGGGACUGCAAAGCUCCGCACAUACGAUGAUCCUUUCAAUAAUCCAUUAGUCAAGAUUGAUGAGGGCACAUCUACUGCACAAAUGUUUGGCAAGGAGUACCGUUUGGCUCCUGUUAGGCUUACGAAGGAGCAACAAGAAAUGCAUCAGAAGAGGAGAUCACGUGCAUAUCAGUGGAAAAGGCCAACCGUGUUUCUCAGGGAAGGUGAUUCCUUACCUCCAGAUGUUGAUCCAGAUACAGUUAGAUGGAUCCCAGCAAACCAUCCUUUUGCUGCUGCUUCAAGUGAAGUAGAUGAGGAGACCGCCAAACAGAAUGUCUAUCAAAAGGAUGGUGUCCCAUCCCGUGUUAGGGCUGAGCAUGAAGCUUUGCAGGCAAGGCUAGAGGCUUCAAAUGCUGUUACCAAGCCCCCUUCGGAUCCAACGAGUAUGCAGCGUAAUGAGAGAUCAAUGAGAUCAUCAGGCAAGCCAUCUGAAAAUCUUGAGAGCUCGAAGUUUGAUAACCAAGAUAGACAAGUGUCAAUUGAGUCUGGUAAACAUAGCUCUGAUGGAAGUUUACAAUCAAAUGGGCCGGAAGGGCAAUAA